GUAUCCACUCAGCCAUGCACCCAGUCGCUCUGCUACUCGCUCUAUCAUCUGCACUCUCCGCGAAGACGCCGGCCAUUGACUACGCCGGUGGCUGGACCGACGGCUCCAUGUCUUCCGGCAAGUGUGUGGACAUCUGCUCAGCUCCCAGCGCUACGUGUCUGACUAAAGACUUCACGUGUUUGGCCAAGGAGAAAGUGCCUGGUGACUUCGACUACCUGGUGCUGGAGCAGCUCUUUGUCCCGCAAUUCUGCCGCGACCUGCUUGUUGGUGUGGAUGGCACCAUCUCGCAUCGAAAUGUGAACCCGUACCCGAACGGCACGGCUUGUGUCCCCGAGCGUGCAGUCAGUAAGCUGACGAUCCACGGUCUGUGGCCCAACUACAACGAUGGCUACGUCAGCUGUUGCAAUCCUAGUGACACGGUGGAGAACGACCCUUACGACGCCGUCAAGUUCUCCGAAAACCAGGCGACGCUUCUUGCCGAAAUGGGCGACAAGUGGAUCGACGCAUCCACCGAGUCGACGUACGACUCGCUUUGUGAUAUUUACGACCACGAGUUCCAGAAGCACGGAAUCUGCUACGCUGCUCAAGGUGCGGAUCUUGAGGCGGCAGCUGUCACGUACUUUAAAGCGACACUGAGCACUGCGGAUCGUAUCAGUACGGCGACGGAGCAGAUCAACGCUUGGGCGGCUCUCGAUACCCCACAGACAACGUUGGCUGCGAUUGAAGCUCUGUAUGAUCACAAGGUGAUGAUCUUCUGCUCGGCUGUUGACGGCGAGAACCAACUCUCAGUCAUCCGCACGUGCUACGAGACACCCGACGAUAUCGGCAGCCAAGGCCCCACGACGCAGAUCGACUGUGCCAAUGCCACGGCUACCUCCACGUUCUCAGUCUGCUCGGGUGACGAGCCCAUCACGCUCCUUCCAUACGUGGCCCCAGGCUCUUCAAGCUCUGCUGCAAGCGCCGGAUCAACAGCUACUUCGACCCCCACGACGACGCCUACUACGUCGGAGCCUACGAUUGACCCUUCGGCCAAUGCCUGCGUGUAGUCAAGUCAUCUUGAGUUUAACAAGAGAAUUAAGAUCUGAGCGCUGACAAAUAGAAAAUAAAUUUCCUCGCCAGAAAU